AUGCGGCUCGCGGCCGAGCCCGGGCCCGGGCACGGGGAGCCCUCUUCGGCGCCGAAGCCAGGUCUCGAUGUGGCCGAUACGGAAGCCCGGUGUGAGGGCAGCUUCCAGUGGCUGGACGAAGUGCUGGAGACCAACUUCGGCCGGGCCGUUGCUGGCUUCUUUGCGCUCUGGGUCCUAGGCUGGACCUUGAUGCAGAUGAACAUGUGGCGAGAGCUGACCCCGGUGUACCGGGAGACCUCUUGCGGCCGGCAAGAGUCCACGCUGAACGACUUCAGGUUGGGCGUAGAUGAGAUCUACGUGGACCUGCAGAUCAGCGUGCACUGCCAGAACCCGAAUGCUUACAAGAUCGACAUCCUGGACUCCGAGCCGGGCAUCGUCCAGAUCGUCGCAGGAGGAAGGCCACAGGACAGGAUUGACGUCGGCCGGCUCAAGGUAAAACCCGGAUCCAGCUUGUCUCGCUAUGGGAAGGGGACGGUCUUGGUGGACAUGAACGCCACGAUCCAGAAGAACAUCAGUGAACGGCUUCUUCCAGUCUUCCUGAAUGCCCAGGAGAUUCCCAUCCUCAUGCAGUUGCGAUUUCAAGUAGGGAUACGGCUCUUCUUCGGCUUGGGUGGCAGCUGGCAAGCCAGGGCACCCUUCAACAAGGCGUGCGGCCUGCAAAUGAUGGGAGUUUUAGUGAACUCCUUCCAGCAGGACAGAGAUCGCAGCCGCUUGGGGCCGCUGGUCUGCAAAGACACGUGGGAGGAACUCCUCCGGCCCGGAACCAUCCCUGCGGCUACAGAGGCACGGGCCGUCGAUCGCAUGGACUUCGCAGCGGCACAGGUAGCCCCUCUGGAGGUGCAAACUGGCGAGUUGGCAAAAAACGUCAGCUUCAGCAUCCUUGUUGUGUGCUCGUGCCUGAUGGCCAGCAUCUUCAUGUGGAUUUCGAGAUACGGGAAGGUUCCGGAUGAGUUGAGGACGCUGCGAGUGAAAGCGGUGCACAUGGCGCUGUCCACGUUGGCGGGGAGCAGCAUGCAGCCCAGCGUACCAGGAACAGGAACUGCGCCUUCCCUGGCCAAGUCCAAAUCCAGUGCACAGUACCCCUCGGAUGUGGGCAGCCUUUCCCAGUCUGUGGAUCCGGCUCCCCUCGUGCAGGUUCCCGAGGAGGACGCGGAGGAAAGAGACGACGCAGAGUCUUGGACCCGUCCCAGCCACCAAAGGGACCUGGGCCGCCAGAGGGCUAAGACGGAGAACAUCAUCGCCGAGAUGAAGGCUCUAGGCACGGCCUCCAGCGCUGGCCCUUCUGGCGCUGGCGACUCCUCCAGCUCAAGAGGCUUGGCCUUCCGCGACUCCUCCUUGGAGAGGCCGAGAUCCUUGUCCAAAGGGCUGAUGCCUCCCGAUCGCCAAAACUCGAUGGCAUCGGACAUCACUCGGGGACGUCAGAGCAGCCAGUCUCCCGGGAAGCGCCGGAGUCGAAUUCGUGCAGAUGAGCGCAAGGGAAGCGACAUGGGCCUGGCCGGCCUUUCUCGUGCCACUUCGCGUCGUUCCGGGCAGAUGGGACGAAGCAGCUCGCCGCGGCGAAGGGGCGAAAGCGACUUGGGGAGCGAUAAGGUGGUGAAGUCUCGCUCGCCAUCAGCGUUUCGCAAUUCGUCGCCUGCUUACGAUACAGAAAUGGACCAAAUGGAGGAGGGGACGCGGACGCCGCCUGACGCCUGA